AUGGGAGAUCUGAAGGGUUUAAUUGCUCUCAACAUUUCAAAUAACAAUUUGAGAGGUAGUAUUCCUGAAUCCUUUGGAGCUAUGGCUCAUCUGGAAUCUUUGGAUCUUUCACGAAACAUGCUGCCAGGCACCAUUCCGACAGAUCUUGUAAAUAUCACAUUCCUUUCAAUUUUGAAUCUUUCAAACAACAAUCUCUCUGGGUUAAUUCCGCAGGGGAGGCAGUUUGCAACGUUUGAGGAGGCUUCUUAUGUGAGGAACCCCAAUCUUCACGGGCCUCCCUUGGAAAAUGGAACAAUGAGAUCUGAUUCUGGUCAUAGAGGCAGCCAAGUACAAUGGAAUAGCGCAGGAGAUGCAGAUGCAGAUGCAGAUGAGAUGGAUCGAUGGUGGGAAGUGGCAGUGGGGUUGUGUUUUGGGGUUGGAUUUGGCAUUGUGGUUGCAGUGUUGUGCUCUCACCUAAAAUGGAGAUACAAAUGUUUUGCUUUAGAGGAUAGCUUUAUCCAAUAUCUUUUUCAACGUUGA